CCAGCACGCGUCAUAGGUUACCUGAGUCGUACCUUCGUCUUUACCAAAACUUUCAUUGCUCGAAACCCCCAAAGUCAACUAAUCAAACAUUCAUGACGAUGCAUUUAUGGGUUAUGUUUACCUCUUAUAGCUAAAUUAAACGGCGCGGUCAACUCAUUCCUAGAUGGAGAACUGGUUCAAGGACGUGGGUAGGCCUGCCCUGUUUGAUGCUUUAACUGGAGUCUGUAAUAGAAUUGAUAAUGAGCUUGAUGAAGGGCUUAAAUCAUAUAGAGAUGAAAAUGCUCGGCUUUCUGCCGAGCUCGAAAAUUUAAGGACUAGGGUCUCUGAUGCAGAUCGAUUUAAGGAAGAGAACCUCGCUCUAAAGAGAGAGCUUCAAACCCUUAAAAACAGCGGUCAUGCCAGCAUCUUGUCUAUAGACCAAUCUAAAGCCCGCGAUGACGCUGGAAAUGGCCGAUCCCCUCUCACGCCCAAGUCUGUGAACCAAGUUUCGAAUUUUAAGCCAUCUACUAAAUUAAGCAAACUUGACAUCGAUGAACUAGGCGGCACCGUGCUCAAGGGGGAGUAUCUUAAACUGAACGGGAACUACACGAAACUGUACAAAAAGUAUUCGGAGCUUGAGGAUGCUCAUGCGAAGUUAAAUCAGCGACUUCGAGAUAAGACGAAAGCCUACAAUCAAUGGAUGGAUCAUGCAAAUCAGUUGGAUGAACUGUGCAAGAAGCGUAGUCGGAUAAUAAAGAAGUUAGAAGCCAAGCUGGACGCGGCGGCGGCUGCAGUAGCAUCUGGUCCAUUGGACGGAAGCUUUUCGUCAGACACACCGGUUCCACCUGCGAAUAGGGGUCAGGUGGCUACUCGCAAAUCUAUUGAUUCCGACGUUCCUGACCGGCCUAGGUCUGCGAGGCUCGAUCCCUCGUCGAAAGAAACCUCGCUGAUACGGCCGCCCACUAAUAUUGACGAAAAUAGAAGCGAUUCUCCUGGGAGAGUAUCCCUACUAGAACCGAUGCGAAUAAAGACACCGGCACAAAUCAGUCCAGAUAAAAAUAAUACAACUGGCCCGGAAAGUUGUGCCAGUACCGUGGAUGACGAAUCAUAUCAAUUGCCACCUUUCCCGCAGCACCGAGAUACUAAUCCGAGGGAGGUGCUCGUUAAGACCGAACCCUCUUCCGAUCCCCCAAUCAUAGUAUCGGAGCGCCGUGUACGCAAGAGGAAACACGAUGAUGGCCAGGCCGAAUAUGUCACUAAGGUUAAGACGGAAGAUGGUUCCGAUCCGCUGAUCAUAAACGAACGCCAGCACUUUAUGCCACAAGAGAGCAUUGACUUUGACGCUGAGGGGGGUAGAGUGGUCACACCGAGGAAGCGUAAUAGGACAAAUCUUGACUUCGAAGACGUGUCCGUUUCGGGCUCGGCUGGAAUUACUGGGUCGCACGCUGGUAAUAACCGGCUAAGCAGGUUAGAAGACCCUCCGGUACGCAAUACGACAAGGAAGAGGGCUCUCCCCCCUCAGUUUCUAUCGGACGAGAACCUUGACCACCCACAAGUUGGGAAUGAUCUAUUGGCGCCACAAUCUGGACUUUUUGGCCCUACUGCAGCGAUUCAACGGAAACCAGGAGGGGACCACUUGACCAAGCAAAAGGGUCCGUCUUCUAUAAGGGCUAGUCUAGCCAAUAUCACAGAAGAUGACGCCCAAAACAAAACCCCGAGGACUACUAAGAAGAGGCCAAAAACGGGUCUUCAAACUCUUCUCAAUACUCCUUCGCCAGGCCACGGGGCUAUUAACCCAUCACCUACUGUGCAGUCAGACCAUGCACGUAUAUCGAGAGAAUUCGAGUUUCAAGCUCCGCAGAGACGUGAGCUACCUUUUAACAAGAAUGAUCCGAGGAAGACAUCCAAGCUGCCACAAUCUUACGAUACCCCGGAAACAUCACACAGCAAACGAACUCCCGGAAAUACGAACGCGAAGCGACCAUCUGACGAUAGAGAAAAAGGUAGUACGCCCGGCGGCAUCCGGCCUUUGCGAGAGCGGCCCAAAUCCGAACUUGGCAUUGCUGACUUCAAAAUUAACCCGAAUUCCAAUGAAGGCUAUGACUAUGCCUUCACUGAUGUUGUUCGAAAUAAGAAUGAACGAGCUAGCUUGGAAGGGUGCGUCCAAGAAGGAUGCUGCGGCCAGACGUUUCGGCUACAAGCACGGGCCAAGCGUGAUCAGACGGGGACGGUGGACUUUCAAACCUUAUUAGAAAAACAUAUGGGUGAUGAAGCUUGGAAGUUGUCGACCAUGACUAAAGCUGAGAAGGAAGAAUUAUGGCUUGAGGCUAAGACGCGAGAGCUUGCUAAUGAGCAUGGUAAGCAUCGCCAUAGAUUCCAUCGUGCCGCAUCCCCAGUAGGUUUCUGGCGGGCGGAUUUCCCGAGCACCCAGGAGGAACAACGUGAUAGAGAAGAAGCGGCGAAGGUGACACGUCGAAUAGUUGAUGAAAGAUAUCGCGAGGCUAUGCGACCUGGCGGAAGAUGGGUUUUUAGGGAUGAAUAACGUCCGGUUCGCUGUUAGAAUUCAAAGAAGAUUUAGGGGCAACCCUAUGGUGCACUUGAUUUUGCUGGCGUGGAGCAUAGCAUUGUUGCUUUAUCAACGGAAGGGGAGUUGUGUCAAGCAAGCAUAUUUAGGAACAAUGAAGAUAGAAAAAGAGCAUUUUAGCAGGAUAAUUAGGUACUUUUGCCAACACCGUCUGUGCUUUUUUGUGUUAGCUUUUAUUACACUCAUACGAGGCGUGUUUAAGCAAACUUUCGACUAACUAGCCGAAGGCUGAAUUUGAAUCUUGAAACGUGAAAUAAGGAUACAUCUAACUAUUUAAAGCCACA